AUGAACUUCAGUUGGCAUGUUUAUCUAUCCGAGACAGGUGCUGAAAUCUCACCAACUAAUUUAUUUCCACAUGUUACUCAAAGUCUUGGAACAUUAAUAAAAGUCGGUGAAACACUUGAAGUGAAUUUUGAAUGCUUUGCAGAAGUCAGCGAAGAAGUAAAUAAUCAUCAAUCGUCUUGGUGGCCAGCUGAAGUAGUCCUAGUUUCUGGUUAUCUUAUUCUUUUGAAAUGGUGUACCCCAGAGAUGAAUAUUCGCCCACCUGAAGUAAACACAUGUUCGAACUCAAAUUCUUCUCUUCAAGCAGUAACAACAUCUGAGUCGAAAGAAAAGAAUAAAUUUUGGUUUGACACUAAAGGUUCGAAUUGGCAGUGUUUACGACCUAUGGGUUGGUGUCUAUCAAAAGGUAUUGAUUGGAGUCCACCAAAACAAUUAACUCCUCUUAAAGAAACGCAUUGGCAAAUUACUGAUUGGGCAGCUCGUCUACAAAAUCGUUCAGUUAGCAGUGUAUUUUUUGAACGACAUUGUCUGUAUGCUUUUGAAACUAUCCGUGUCGGUGGAUACUUUGAGUGUGAACAUGAACUUGAUCCGACAUGUGUUUGGCCAGUAAAGGUGCUUAUGAAUAUUGGUGGACGUGUUCUAUUAUCUUGGUUUGGAAUUAGUUCAAAAGCUCAAAAUUCUGAUAAUAAUAAUAAAAAUCGUAAAGUAAACAAUUUUACAUUAUUCUAUCUUCAUCGACGUUUACAUCCACUUGGUUAUGGAAAGUUGUAUGAUCUGAAGUAUUGUCCACCGCCUGGCUAUGUGCUAGAACGUGCUAUUACAAAUAUUGAUACUUUUAUACGUGGUGCAUGUCCAGCUACUUAUAAUGAAUUAUCUAAGUCGCCUCUUCAUGAGUUUAAAGUGGGUUGGAAGCUGGAGGCUGUUCAUCCACUUAAACCGUAUUUUGUACAGCCAGCAACAGUUGUUAAGGUCUUCAAUUCACGAUAUUUUCUCGUCGAAUUAGACGAUCUACGUGGAAAUGAGUCGAAGGAGGAAUUGAUGAAAGCAUCAGAUAGCUCCAGCACUGUCCAGUUUAUUGCUUAUGCCGGUAUGCCAGAAAUUAUGCCAGUGAAUGAAAGCCAGUUAAAAGGCAUAUUGCUGUCUCCACCACCUGGUUGGCCAAAAAAUCGAUACUUUACUUGGAUUAAUUACCUGACCUAUUUAUCUGCUCAUAAUGAUUACAUAAGAAGAAGAAGAGAUAUCAUCACUCAGUCUAACGCUAGCACAUUUCAAGAGAAUUCACUAUCGUCAUCAUCAUCGUCAUUAUCAAAAAAAGCCACUGUAAAUAAUACUCUACACCAGUGUACAAAUCUAUCCCCUGAAGGCAUCGAACAGGCAAUUACCCUGAACAGUUUGCCUAUCUGCCCAUCAGAAUCCAUUUUUAAAGGGAUUCAUGCAUUUGAUACUGUUGUACAGAAACAUGAAAACUCGAGUAGUAAUUCUAGUACUGAACAGAAUUUCAACAACUUGAAUUCUUCUUCUUCUGCAAAAGAUUGUUGUCAACAACAGACCAAAGAUAGUGAUACUACCAAUGAUAAGUCAGAUAGAAAUGAGGCGAAUUCAUCAAACAGAUUUUUACUUGGUAUGAAGUUGGAGAUAGUAGCACCGCCGGAGUGUUAUAUGAUGCCUUCAGAAUCAUCGUCAAACACUUAUGAAAUUGGACCUCCUCUGUGUACAGCUACAGUGACACGCGUUGAAUAUCCUCAUUUAUUAUGGUUGCUUCCAGAUAUACCAUAUGAUGAUGAUCAGAACAAUAGUAAUAAUAAUAAUAAUACUAAUAAUGAAAAUUCUCAGGAAGACACAGAUUACAAUAAUUAUUAUUACCGUCGUCGGCCGAUUCUAAUGGAUGCCCGAUCGACAAACUUAUAUCCUGUUGGUUGGUCUGCAUUUGUCGGCCAUCCAAUCAUCUCUCCGAAUGGUUAUAAUAUUAAUAUGAAAGAAAAUUGUUCCCAAGAAGAGGAGGAGGUGCCGGCGUCAUCGUUGUUGGUAGAAGACAAUCCGUCUAGCGUUUCGCCAACAGAAGAAAUCAAAGAUAUCUUCAGUAUACCACGACGACCACCACCACCACUGCCUAAAGAUAUCAAGGCUAAACAUUGUGACGAUGAAAUAUGCCCGCCUAUUUAUAUUAAUUUAGGUUGUUAUCUUGGUCCUUUCUUGUGUAAGUCCAGUUUAGAGCUAAUACCUCGUCAAUUUGGUCCUGGCUCGGUAAGCAAAGUAAUGCAGAGCGUAGUCACGCAUUUAAUUCGUGCUGCAUAUAAGCCUGUACGUGUACUACGUAUGUUUGAAGCUGAUUGGGCCACUGGUGUGAUGUCCAUGUUCAAUGGUCGUAAUGUAUCAUCCUCAGAGUUAUUAAAUGCAAUUAUUGGAUUAACUGAUGCCAAUAGUAAUAAUGUUCGUGUACUUCGCCCUAAUCUUAAUAAUAAUAAUAAUAAUCCAGCAUUUCAACAGUUUAAAAAAGAGGCGAUAGAACAGUGUCGUUCAAAUAUGCGGAUUGUGGCAGUUAGUGUUCGAUGUCCUCGUCGAGGGAUAAAAAUUUCAGUGCCAGUGGAGGUUUGCUGUCGUAGAAGAGCAGUAGAAGAAUACUGUCGACAAGUAUCUCUUGUUUUUGAAGCAUGCCCACAUCUUAUCAGUUUUGUUCCGCCUUCUACAUCCGAUGAAGUGAAAUCCGCGCCAAAUAUCACUGGAAUAGAUACGGAUCGUUUAUUUCUUAAUAAACAAACACAAAUCACUUUUGAAAAUAUUACUUCUGUUACAACUCAUGAUUGCCCUUCAUUUUGUAAUGUACGUCUGCGUUCACGUUAUUUCGAUCGUCUUCCAGGAUGGAAAAGGCGGUUAACAGCUCUACGUGCAUUUACAGAUUUACCAUCUACUCCUGACGGGGAUCAUAGUCGUAGUAUUUUAGGAGCUACUAUUGGUGGACAUGUUACUCGAUCGGCAAUGGCGUUACAAAAUAAUAAUCUAAAUGGUGGAUUAACAAUAAGUAGACUUGAAACACAAUCCAAUUCACAUAACUCAGCCAAUACUAAGAAUCUUGUACGCAGAGGUAAACGAAAGUAUCGAAACAGUUCACGAAGCUCUGCGGGACGUCGUAGUUCUGAGAGAGUAAUGUCGAAUGGUUUAGAAAAUACUACUAAUAAUAAUAAUAGUAAUAAUGGUCCCACAGGAUGUAAACGCCGUGGUCGCCCAAAACGUGUGAAAACGUCUGCGGAAACUUCAGAGUUAGUUCCGAGCAACUGUCAGACAGUAUCAUCAUCAACAUCAUCAUCAUCUUCUACGCAUGAAUUUCCCAACCCUACUACUACUACUCCUAAUUUUCCUAUAUGCAAUACUGGUACUGUCAACAAAUCAUCGCAAAAUGUACAAAUCCCCACUGUGUCUAAUCCUCACAACAUAUGUCAACCUAGCCAUUCAUCAUCAUCAUCAGCAACAGCUGCUUCAAGUUAUUGUCCAGCUUUACAGACGCCAAUUCCAAAUUGUUCAGAUAGGAAUGGCCUAGAAAUGGUGAAUACAACCGCGGCGGCCGCCACUGCCGCCACCACAACAAGAACUGAUCAACUACCUCUGCGUAAUCAUAAUAAUAAUAGUAAUAAUUCUCCAGUAAUGGAGGAAGAUAUGAAUGCCUUGUUCAGUAAUAUACCUAGAAUUGUUCUAUCCAGUAAUCCAAUGUUUUGGACUCCAGUUGACUUGGCCGCCUAUCUUGGCAAUACUGACUGUCGAGAAAUGUGGCCAUGGCUUGCAGCUGAAGCUGUCGAUGGACAAGCAUUUAUGUUGUUAACUCUUCCAGUCUUGCAUAGACUGGUCGGUCUGCGUUGGAGUGACGCUGUCCGUUUGGCGCGUCAUGUAUUAUCUGUGAAACAAGCCUUCCUAGAACAAUACAGUACGCAUAGUCAUUCAAAUGAAACAUAUCAUCAGUCAGAUGAAACAAGAUGAGAUGCAAUCAAUUGUUCAUUUAUUUAUUGUUUGCCUUUUCUGUUUUCUUUGUGUUUAAGUUACUGCAGUGAGAGAGGGGGAGACGCGGGGUUGGGGGGGGGGUUGGUGGGCAUCUGUCAGUCUGUAUUGUGUUAUCGUUUAAAUAUUUUUCUAUGAUGCAUACAUACACUACACUACACUACAUGCGUUUGUUGUACCUCUACCACUCAACUAGUCUUUCUAAUGUCCACAAUGAAGUAUUGUUUAUACUUCUUGCUCCCCCAUCCCUCUGCCCAGCCUUUUUGUAAAUGUAUCUAUCCUUCAAUGUUAUUGAAAUAGAUAAAAUGUUUAUGUGAAUGUGAUGGCUUGUAUAUGCAACAGUUUCUCCCGCUCUCUCUCACACUCAGACACUAUUUCCCUUUACUCUUAGCUUAAUGAAAAAUGAGCGUGUGUUCCCCCCCCCUGUUUCUUCUUUGUUUGAUUUUUUUCCGUAUAUUCGUUUCUAUUUUAUGUGUAUAGCUGUGAGUGUAUUGUAUGAUAUAAUAAUUGAUAUACUAAUUUGUACAUUAAAGGUUUAUAUAUAUAUGCAU